AUGAAGAUCUCGCGUAAGAACUCCGCCAAUGUAUCGGAUGACGCAGCCACGCGAAAACAAGAAGAGAGCCGAGACGCUCUGAGGCAGGCUAUAUUCCAAAAGACCGCCAAUGAGGCUUUGCAAAUACCAAAUGGCUAUCUCAAAGUUGCAGUGAAAAUCAUUCGCUGGAAUGAGAACAUUGACGAUUUCAAGGGCCACGCUGAAGAAAUCGCGCGACUGGAACGCAUUUUCCGAGACAGGUUCGGCUAUCAGUGUUCCGUACAUUCCAUCGACGACAACAAAAAGCCCCAGCUCGACAUCAACAAGGCUAUUCUGGAUCAUGUGUUUGAGCACGAUGACCCACAUAGCCUGCUGAUAUUCUACUACACCGGACAUGGAGCAGAAGAUGGCGAGAAACUACUCGAGCUGUCAGCGUGA